AUGGUUGUUCUAGGUUACGUUUCUUCAAAAGCGGUUUGUCGUUACCAUGAUGUAUUUGAACACUUAAACAUCUCUGUGGACAACAGACUCCUGAAGUUCACACGUCCUGUUAAUGACUGGAGACGCCCCACUGUAGUUUACAUGGAUAUCACUCUUUACUCGAUUUUAGCUGUGAUAGAGAAAUCUCAAACAUUUACGGCCUACAUAUGGGUUAGCAUGAUCUGGCAAAAUGAGUUCAUUUCCUGGGAUCCCAGUGAGUUUUGUGGAAUAUCCAAGAUCUUGGUUCCAAAGGAAUUGCUGUGGAUACCAGAUAUAAGUAUCUAUGAAUUUACAGAUGAGACUACUUUUCCAGACCUGCCCUACUUGCACAUUGAUAACAAUGGAAAGGUAGAAAUGUUAUAUUCACGCAGAGUCGUCAGUACCUGCAACAUAAAUGUGCACCAGUUCCCAUUUGAUACUCAGAACUGCAAUCUCACAUUUGGCUCCGAACUACAGUCAAUAAAUGAGAUUACACUGGCCCCCUUAUCAAACUCCUCUAGAGUGACAGACUUUUCCUGGAAAGUGCUGAAAAGCCAAGGGGACUGGCAGUUUCUACAAAUACAGGUUUGGACCAAUCAAUUGGGAAUGGAUGAAACUAAAUGGGAUCAACUUAUCUAUGAGAUCUCAAUGAAAAGAAGAUCCAUGUUGUACGUGAUCAAUUUCCUGCUGCCCAGUAUAUUCUUACUACUCCUGGAUAUAGCAAGUUUCUUCAUCUCAGACUGCAAUGGAGAGAAGUUGGGUUUUAAGGUGACAGUAAUCCUGGGGCUGUCUGUCUUGUUGCUGAUUCUCAAUGAUAUCCUCCCAUCAGUGUCUAACGAAACCCCUCUGAUAGCCACUUUCUGCAUUGUCAUCUUUGCCUUUAUGAUGGCCAGUCUACUGGAGACCAUUCUAGUGAUGUACUUGAAGACUGGAACUCCAGCUUGCGCUUGGCUCAGAAGGAAGAGGAGUGGAGUGACGGGCUCGCCCGGGCGUUCCCAGAAAUCAGGGAGAGAGGAUACCCUUGAGGACAUCACCAUGAUAGAACGCUUGUCUGGAAGCAGCAAGCCAGCCACUGAAGAGCGGAUUGACCCCAGGCUGCUGGAGUUCAUUGUCCUGGAGCUGCAGGCCUUGCAGCAGUGUCUACUGUCCUCCCACAGGGACAGGGGCGAGCCUGACUACUGGGAGACUGUGGCGACCCGCGGAAACAAGGUUUUCUUCUGGUGUUACCUCUUCUCUGUACUCCUGUUUCUCAUUUCUGUCUCUAUAGCUUGGACUUCAUAG